UCCAGACCACUGAGUGUACAUUGCAGCCUCUAUAUAUGGGGAGGUUUGACAGUUCUGAUCCAGCAUUGCACUGAUGUAAAGCCCCGGGCUCCUCCAUGCACAAGUAGCUGCCUUUGGCCGGGUAGUUAGUGCGGUAGUCUCUGGUGGGGUAGAGGUGCACCAGUCCGAUCUGCUCUGCCACAGGCUUUGUGCCGCUGGAGUGUUGGCGAUGGUUCUGGUGGCAGUGUGGCCGAUCCUGGUCGGCAUCUUUACCUCAGUGGCUCCCGCCGUGCUGCUUGUGACUGCCAGCAUCUACCUGUGGCAUCUACGGUGGCAGCUGAGCCACGACAGGAGCUGGCUGCUUCCUCUCCCCCCCGGAUCCAUGGGACUGCCCAUUGUCGGUGAAACUCUGCACUGGUUGCUGCAGGGCUGCGAGUUCCACAGCUCCAGACGCAGACAACAUGGACAUGUGUUCAAGACGCACCUUCUGGGGCGGCCGGUGGUGCGGGUGUCCGGGGCCGCGUUGCUGCCGCCGCUGUUGCUGGAGGAGACAAGCCGGGUAGGGGUCAGUUGGCCCCGCAGCGCCCACGACAUGUUGGGGCCUCACAGUCUGGCCAAUUCCAGCGGACACACGCACCGCGCCCGCCGCAAGGUCUACGCUAGAGUUUUCAGCCAGGCUGCUUUAGACAGUUACUUGCCGCAGAUUGUGAAGUUGGUGAGAGAGGCUGUGACGGGCUGGUGUGCAAGGCCAGGCCCAGUCUCCGUGUACCCCGAGAACAAGCGGCUCACGUUGAGGAUAGCUGCAGCUGCGCUGCUCGGAUCUUUGCCAAGUCAGGAGGAGCUGACUGACCUCUUCACCAACAUGGAGCAACUCAGCGAGAACAUCUUCACGCUGCCCAUAGACGUUCCGGGUAGCGGCUACAGAAAGGGUAUCCGGGCUCGGGACAAACUCCACCAAUACCUUGGGAAAGUCAUAGAGGCGAGACGCCAGGCGGGUGUAUGUGAAGACCAGCCCGGGGCGCUGGGCAUCCUGGCGAGGAGCAGCAAGGAGCAGGGGAUGGACAUGGGGGUGCAGGAGCUGACGGAAGCCGCUGUCGAGCUGAUGUUCGCUGCCUUCGCCACGACGGCCAGCGCCGCCACCUCACUGGUCCUGCAACUGAUCAAACACCCGGCCGUGGUGGCCAAGCUGAGGGAAGAGCUGCAGACACGAGCACUCGGAGCCGGCGCGCUGCUUCGAGACAUCAGCCGCUUGCGGUACCUGGACAACGUGGUGAAAGAGGUGCUGAGGGUGUUGCCCCCUGUAUCCGGCGGCUACCGGGUGGCCCUGCACACCUUCGAGCUAGCGGGUUUCCAGAUUCCCAAAGGUUGGAGUGUGUUGUACAGCAUUCGUGACACACACAACACUUCUCCCAUCUUCCAGGACCUUGAAGAAUUCAAUCCAGAUAGAUUUGACGAAGACCAAAUGAAAAGCAAGAAUCUUCGCUUCCAUUACCUGCCUUUUGGAGAUGGUGUUAGACGGUGCCUUGGUAAAGAGCUUGCAAAACUCAUCCUGAAAGUCUUUGCGAUUGAGUUGGUCCGCGUCAGUCAUUGGGAGUUAACCACCAGGACCUUUCCCAAGAUGCUAUUGCUGCCAAUCGUGCACCCUGCUGAUGGACUACAAGUGCGGUUUUUCAGCUCAGUUUAGGAACAUUGAACACUAUUUCUGAAGGAAACGCGAGUGGUGCAAUGCGAUGGAAUCUUUAAGAACUCACUAUCAUGCUGGACCUUACAAAUUGCAAGUAGCAUUUUUCAAUUCGAGGGGGGGGGGGGGGGGUGAUAUAGCAUCGACGAGAACUUGUAACUGAUCAAUGUGUGAUCAAACUUAGAUGUGUGAGCAGAGAGACAGAGGGGUGUAAAAUGAGGGUAGAAGCAAUAGGUAGCAAGGUGAAAAGUAAAAGUGCUGAGGAAGAGGAUUUCUUGGAAUGUAUGCGGGAUAGUUUUCUAAACCAACAUGUAGAGAAACCAACGAGAGAGCUGGCUAUUCUAGACUGGGUAUUGAGUAAUGAGGAAGGGUUAGUUAGUAGUCUUGUUGUGUGUGGCCCCUUGGGCAAGAGUGACCAUAAUAUGGUUGAGUUCUCCAUUAGGAUAGAGUGACAUAAUUAAUUCAGAAACAAGGGUUCUGAACUUAAAGAAAGGUAACUUUGAGGGUAUGAGACGUGAAUUGGCCAAGAUAGACUGGCAAUUGAUUCUCAAAAGGGUUGACGGUGGAUAUGCAAUGGAAGGCAUUUAAAGGCUGCAUGGAUGAACUACAACAAUUGUUCAUCCCAGUUUCGCAAAAAAUAAAUCAGGGAAGGUAGUGCAUCCGUGGAUAACAAGGGAAAUCAGGGAUAGUAUCAAAACAAAAGAUGAAACAUACAAAUUAGCCAGAAAAAGCAGCCUAAAGGAGGGUAGUUGAGGCCACAGUUCAUUGGCUAUAUUUAAGAGGGAGUUAGAUGUAGCCCUUGUGGCUAAAGGGGUCAGAGGGUAUGGAGAGAAGGCAGGUACAGGAUAGUGAGUUGGAUGAUCAGCCAUGAUCAUAUUGAAUGGCAGUGCAGGCUCGAAGGGCCGAAUGGCCUACUCCUGCACCUAUUUUCUAUGUUUCUACCAAGUAAUAUCAUUAACACGCUCGGGCAAAGGAAUACACAUAAGAACAUUAAACUUAUUCGAAGGUGCAAGGGGAUUUUUGGACCCAGUGUCAACAUUAAUCAUUUAGAGUAUUGUAGACACAGAGUGUUGAGGAGUAACUCAGGUCAGGCAGCAUCUCUGGAGAGAAGGAAUAGUUAACAUUUUGGGUCAAGGCCUUCAGAGUAUAGUGUCAGUUCUGGACACAAUGUUAUAGGAAAGAUGUUGUCAAAUUGGAAAGGGUACGGAGAAGAUUUAUGUUGCCAGGACUCGAGGGUCUGGUCUGUAGGGAGAGAUUGAGAAGGCUGGGACUCUAUUCCUUGGAGCACAGGAGGAUGAGGGGUGAUCUUAUAGAGGUGUAUAAAAUCAUGAGAGGAAUAAAUCGCGUAGAUGCAGUCUCUUGCCAAGAGUAGGGCAAUCGAGAACCAGAGGACAUGGGUUUAAGGUGAAGGGGGAAAGAUUUAACAGGAAUCUAAGGGGUAACUUUUUCACACAAAGGGUGGUGGGUGUAUGGGACAAGCUGCCAGAGGAGGUAGUUGAGGCAGGGGCUAUUGCAACUUUUAAGAAACAGUUAGACAGGUAGAUGGAUAGGACGGGUUUAGAAAGAUAUGGGCUAAAGCAAGCAGGUGGGACAUGUUGGUUGGUGUGGGCAAGUUGGGACGAAGGGCCUGUUUCCAGGCUGUAUCACUCUAAACAUUUUCACGUGCCCAAGUUUUAUUAAGAUAACAUAACAUUUGUACUUGCUUCUUCCACAGCUUGUACAGUGAGAUUUUUUUUUAAAACUUUGCACAUCAGCAACUCAUGGGCUUGAGUUGCUGGAUUAGGGGCCAAUCAGCAACACUUGUGCUGUUGACUCUGGGUUGAGGCAUUCCAAUGAUUUUAAGUUAACUAACCCAACUUUCCAAACUCAGUACACGUUGAAUUCAGUACAUUAUUAAAACGAAUGAUGAUUACCAGAUUUUACCAACCUUUGAAAUGCAUAUCCACUUUUUAUAUAUAUAACAUUUCUCUCAAAUCCUUUUUAUGCACAAUUGUCAUGUUAUUACAUUUCCACAAUGUACUGCAAUCAAUAUGACAGCAUUUGAAAGGUCAAUGCACUGUAGGGAAGAUGUGGAGGUUUUGGAGAGGGUGCAGCAGAGGUUCACCAGAAUGUUGCCUGGAUUGGAUUGUAUUAGCUACAAAAAUGAGCUUGGCAAAUGUGGAGAGAUUUUUCAUGGAACAUCAGAGGUUCAGUUUUGGAUUCAGUCCAAUGAAAGUUGCACAACUGUAAUUUUUGAUUUAAUUAUUUACCCUCUCAUUUGCUUUCAUCUAAAAUAAAGUUGGAAUCAUUAAGCACAUUUUUGCUAUUUCAGCUUUUAUUUCUGCCUUUGCUUAUUCUAAUCACUUCUUUGUAGAAAUGUACUUUUCAUAGCUAACUCCAUAACACACUUCUUUUAAUAGCUGAUUUAUUUAACUAAAAUGAAACUGUUUUAAAUGUGGACUUGAUGUCAGAACAUCAGGUGAAUAGUGAGGCAAAUCACUGGGGUGGGAGAUUGCAACCUUCACGUUUCGACUAAUGCAAUUAACCCGACAAAUAGAUCAAAAAACAAGUUGACUUACAGUUUUAGGCUGUACACACCCUACGCAAGAAGAUUGAUAUUUAAUACACCCAACUGAAAAGUGGCAAACCCCAACAAGAGAUUUUGAUCAGUUUCUAUUUCAUUGUACCUCAUAACUGUUCAAAGAGGUUCAUCACAAUAAUUUGGUGAAGACUCCUUAAAUAAAACAUGAAUUUAAAUUAACAAAUGUACAACUGAUUCUCCACAUUAUUUGUCAUUUAAAAUCAGGAUGAAGAGGUUCGCGUGUAUAAACACUCAGUUUAAUAUUCAAACAAUACAGCUCAACAAUUAGUAAAAAGGGCAAGGUGUGUGUGUUAAUGUGUUGACUGUGAAGCUUAACUGCAUCAUCCGCUGCACCCCGCCAGCUGUGGGCCCAGAUCACCGCAGGUCCACGCGAGUGCUCGAGCUCAAUUGUUCAAGACCAAAGUGGCUCGGCCCCCACAAUGUAGAUUGGAAUGUUUUUGGCAAUUUUCAACUAUGGAUAAUUUGCAUCUGCUCCUAAUAAUGCACAUUGAUAAUUUACUAACACAUGAAGCAGCUGCAUUCCAUGCCUGGCUCAGUUUCUAAUUUAUGCUCAUAAAUACAGGCAACAAAAUACAAUCAAAGCUUCAGUUUGGAAUGCAGUCAGAUCGAGAAGUGUCAAAAUAAGAACUCGACUACAAGCAAAUAAUUCAGAUUCAUUUGUUCCACUUGUUUGUACAUAUAUUUAAAUUUAACUGGUCUUGCAGGAACUACAGAUGCUGGUUUAAACCAAAGAUAGACACAAAAAGCUUGAGUAACUCAGCGGGUCAGACAGCAUCUAUGGAGAAAAGAAAUAGGUGUCUUUUCAGGUCGGAAGAAGGGUUUUGACCCAAAAUGUCACCUAUUAUUUUCCUCCUGAGAUGUUGCCUGACCCACUGAGUUACUGCAGCUUUUUUUUAAUCUAUCUUUGAAUACAUCCAUCCAUCCUUAAUUUAUCUAAUGCACACCCAUGAUUUGUGUAAUUUCUAAUUUAUUGAACUGUUUAUUUAAUUAUAUGGGCUGACAGUUUUGAUUGGCACCUGACAAUAACUAAUCAAGCAAUGCGUUUUGGAUAACAAAAGUAGAAUGUGCUGGAAAUAUUUGACGGGUCAGGCAGCAUCUCGAGGGAGUGAGAGAGAGAGAGAGAACAGGUGCCUUUUUUCUAGGUUGAUGAUCUUCAAUUGGAAUUGAGUUCUGAUGUUUUGGAUUCUCUGCCACUGAAUUCACUAGAUGUUUUCAAGAGAGUGUUAGAUAUAACUCUUAGGGCUAACGGAAUCAAGGGAUAUGGGGAGAAAACAGGAACGGUGUACUGAUUUUGGAUGAUCAGCCAUGA